AUGGCUACCUUACUCCGACGGCCAGGCAAUCUCGCUCGCUACUCGAGGAAAGCCGCGGAAUCUACCGGUCGCAUAGGGCUGGCUUCCGUGCAUCUGCGACAAUCAAGACUGUCAUCUCUGGUCUUAUCAAGCCGCGCUAGAACCUAUGCCACGCAAGGUCCGACACCCCCCGACAACGGCCGGAACAACACACCAGAUGGCCGCAACAAUGACAACCAAACAAAGAAGCCGAAUUCAGCUCUGACCGAUGCUGAAUUAAAAAUUGUGGACGAAUGGCUGGCAGAUACGAUGGAUGUGGAGCGACGUGCCAAUGUCCGGAAGUAUCUCAUGAGCAAUGGACUUCCACCGGAAGUCAGGGCGCACAUCGAUCCGAAUCAAGAACCGACAUUAAUGGACCGUAUCAAGAUGACGCGAUUCCUGUGGCAAGUCUCAGCUUACCAUGCUGAUGAGCGUCUAGCUAGACAGGAAGAAGAGGCAAAACGUGGUCUCGCAAACAUGCGCACUUUCUCUGAAAAACGCAGGGAUGAAGAAUCCAACCUCCGCUUCAAUAAUGACUCGGACAAGGAGCAACAAGGACAGCAACCGGCAAAGGAGGGCGAACAGCAAUCCAGCGGAGAACCGCCAAAGGAUCCCAAGCAAGACAAGGAUCCGAAGGAGGAAAAGGAUAACAAGGAAAAGCAAGGCCCCAAGAAGGACCAGCAACAACAGAAGAAGAAGCAGCAAGGUGAUAAGAAGGGCAAGGUACCCCCGAACAUGGGCAAGGUCCUCGAGUUCCGCUUUGAUCCCAUUUCGUUCUUCGUUACCGCUCUCGUCACAUACUACGCCUACCGCAGCUUCUUCCCCGGCGAAAGCGGGGGAAGAGAAAUCACUUGGCAAGAAUUCCGGGCAAACUACCUCGAGAAGGGCCUCGUGGAGAAAUUGACCGUCCUGAACCACAACAGGGUUCGGGUCGAGCUUAACCGCGAAGCUGCGGUUCAAGCCGAUUCAAAUGGUCAACCUGCCUCCUAUGUCUACUUCAGUAUUGGUUCUGUCGACAGCUUCGAGAUGAAGAUCGAGGCAGCUCAGUAUGAACUCGGUAUUCCCUCGCAUGAACGUAUUCCUGUCGCCUAUCACGAUGAAACCCCAUGGGGCGGCGUCUUGAUGUCCUUGGCUCCUACUAUUCUCUUCCUUGCUGGUGUCUUCUGGAUGUCCCGGCGUGCCGGUGGCGGCGCCGGCGGCCAGAGUGGCAUCUUUGGCAUCGGAAAGAGCCCUGCCCGUGAAAACGCGGACAAGGUCAUCAUGAGACAUUUCGAGCAAGCCAUCGAACGUGUCAUUGGUGGAUUGGAGAAGAAGUCCCUUGUUCUCUCUCCUGAGGAGAAGCGGACGGUAGCCUACCACGAGGCUGGCCACGCUAUCUGCGGUUGGUACUUCAAGUGGGCUGACCCGCUGCUGAAGGUGUCGAUCAUUCCUCGCGGACAAGGCGCACUGGGAUAUGCGCAAUAUCUCCCAGCAGGUGGCGACACAUAUCUGAUGAACGUCAACCAGAUGAUGGACCGCAUGGCCAUGACUCUGGGUGGUCGUGUUAGCGAAGAGUUGCACUUUGAAACCGUGACCAGCGGUGCUAGUGAUGACUUCAACAAGGUCACUCGCAUGGCUACUGCCAUGGUGACUAAGUUUGGCAUGUCAGACAAGCUUGGUUACAUCUACUACGAGGAUGACGCACAGCAGCAACUUCACAAGCCUUUCUCCGAAGAUACUGCCCGCUCUAUUGAUCUGGAGGUUCGCCGUAUCAUCGAAGAGGCCCACAAGCAGUGCCGCGAUCUCCUGACUGAGAAGCGGAAGGAGCUUGGUAUCGUUGCCGAGGAGCUUCUGUCUAAGGAGGUUCUUGGACGUGACGACCUCGUCCGUCUCCUUGGCCCGCGCCCCUACCCGGACUCUGGCGAGUUCGCCAAAUACUUCGAUGGCAAGGGCGGCCGAACCAUUGCCCCACCGGAGCCCACUGACCCCGAACAACUCUCGGGUAAGGACGGCCGGGACGAGACACCUAUCCCUCCUUCAUAG